AUUAAUAUAUGAUUAUUUAAUAUAAAUAAAUAUGUACUCUAGUGUUGUUAUGCAAAAGUAAUUGUUACUAAUACAAUACCUUUUCUUACUUAAGAAGAAAGAGUACAAAAAUGCUCAGAAAGGAUAGGUCAACUAACUGUAUCUCAGAGGUGUCAAAGGAGACAACGAUGAAACGUGGGGGAAUGUGUGAAAAGCAAAUAAUACCAGCAACCAAGCCACAUCAAAUUUAGUCUGUUAUAGAAUAGCGUGCGUGAUAAAUCAACGAAAUGAGAAUCAUACUUAUGAUAUUAUAUUUCACUCUGAUAACAACGGAAUCGUCAAAGUGUCCAGAAUCAAGAAAACCCCAUUCCACUAGCUGCACUGUAUUUUACAAUUGUGUGAAUCUUCCGGAUGGCGGUUACGUUUGGGUACCCAGUAAAUGUACAGAAGGCUUGAUAUUUGAACCACAUUUACGAAUAUGUGUUCUGCCCGGUGAUUCUUGGACGUGUGAUACAGUAUCCACAGAAUCAUCUAUUGUAACGAACAGGUAUGACAUUAUACCUGAAUUAAUCGAUUCAAAUGAAACUAGUUACAUGGGAUCAGCACAAGAUCCUGUGAACUUUUCUGAGCUCAUUGAUUCAUCCUAUAUCACUGAUAGCAUUCCGGAUGAAUCUGAUCCGGAAAUGGCAACUCCAUACCCCUUGAUUGAAAUUGAAGAAACAAUGGAUAAUAAGCAUGAAAUAAACAUGAAUAACAUUUCUGUGAUUAAUAAUCUACAGCAUGACUAUUUGCAAGCGCAGAAUGAUAGUAAAAAGCAGUACUUGUUGCUAAAUCAAUUAAUACAUCACUUAUUAGUAUAUAAAGAGAUUACUAUUCCUUUAGAGUUUCUAGCAUCAUCAUUAUCUACGCCUUCACGACCUAACACAAAAAUGCCAUUAUCCAAUGAAGUAAAAUUUUCUAAACCUAAUCAACAUAACGUGUUAAUGAAUUAUCUUAUACAGAAUUAUAUUCAGCAGAACAAUAAUUUACAAAACAAUAUCAUAACUGGUGCACAGUUACAAAGUACAACAACCGAAGAUAAUACAAUUCUAAAAAAAAGUGAUACAAAUAAAUCGAUGUUAAAUAUAGAAAAUUCCAAAAAUCCACUAUCAACGGCAUUUAACAAUUUUGAAGAUGAAAACAAUAUUAUUUUAAUUACUGAUAACGUGGGAAAUAAACAAUAUUUAACCAUUGAACGGUAUAAAUCGUUGGGUUAUCAGUUAGAUUCGCAAUUUGUUCACCUUAUUCCAUGUGUAAAAAAUAUUCGCACGCCAAAUAUAACGAACUGUCUGAAAUAUUACGUGUGUGAACCAAAAAUGCCUUCUGUAAUAGAAUAUUCAUGUCCAUUAUUUACAGCAUUCAAUACAUAUACAAGAACAUGUGAUACAGAGAGUUAUAACAAAUGCAUACAUAAUAAGAGGGAUAACAUAAACGUUCCAAAUGGUGCGGAUAAUGUAUUUCAAACAAAUGUAUCAGAAAAAAAUAUAUGUACAGAACAUGGAAAAGUAAAAGAUCCAACAUUUGAAUCGCGUUACUAUAUUUGUUAUUCUGCUUCAGACAACUCACAAAACAUUAAAUCAAUACGAAUGACAUGUCCAAAUAAUUUAAUAUUCUGUCAGACAAAGAAAGUUUGUACAACAAAACGUCUUUGUUAAAUGAUACAAAGCAAAGU